CACCCGUCUUUUCAUGGCAUCUAGAGUGAAGUGCUCCCAUACUCGUGAGGUUUUUGUCCGGGGUUUCUCUUCAGUUUUUUCGCUUCUAUUUUUCUUCCGUAUUUCUUCUUUUUCCGCCAUCUCUCAAAGCAAGAUGCGCGUCAGUAACGUGUUGACUAUCUUUACGCUCUGUGAUUGGCCAGUCACAUAGAGUGCCCGCCCCUCCCUACACUCAAAAUAUGCAGCCGGGAGCUUGGGGAGAAAUUAUGAUAAGUCUCUAAAUAAAGUAAAAAUUUCCAGUGCAGAUUGGAGACAACCCAUAGAAGCACUGAUUUGAUCUCAUUUCAGAGAAAAAUAGAACAGGUCAGAUGUAACUAAUUAGAGCUGAAACAACUAAUCGAUUGAUUAGUAAAAUACAGGGGGUCCCCAGCAAAAACAAGAAAAUUUACGAGUCUGAUGAAACCCGCUGGUUUUCCAUCAGGCAGUCACGGGGCAGCUCCAACGACCCAGUGGCUGUGCUGGGUCAAUGUUAUCGAGCUCAGUCCGGCUCGGCCGUGAACGAGCCGAGGCGACGUCGUGCUCUGCUUAAGAAGAAGUGUUAUUUUUCCAUUUCGGAAGAAGCGUCCAACGUGUUUUUACGCUUUCUCCGAGACAUGUCACAUCGCUAAGUUGUUAGCGUGCAGCGCUAACACAUCAAUAGUGCAGAGUAGCCUGCUGGAGGUUACCUCUCAGGCUGCGCACACAUCGAUCUUAAGUUGUCGCUGUUGCGCUCACGCCGUAAUACAGUAUUAGAUGCGGUUAAAGUCAGACAUAAAAAAUAAAUAAAUUUUACAUGAAUAAGUGAUGCUUAGCCUGGUGGGGGGAGGAGAACCUGGCCUAAUAAGCACUGGAGGAAACCCUGUCAAGAUCGUCAACACUCGUUUAUCUUAAUGCUAUUGAAACAUGUAAACCAAAAAGCAUUAUAUCCACUGCUACCUUUCUAAUUUUAAACUCAGUAACUUAUGCUGUAACUUCACCUUGCCCUGCCUGCUCCUUGCUGCCCGCCGGCUGUGAUCACCAGCGACAACAUAGUAGUUCCCGCUGCUUCUUCGGGAAACAGCGCAAAAAAAAAAAACUUCUUGUAGGAUCUUGUAGGCAUGGAGGUGGGAUUUCAGCCGUGGCGGGCCGCCACGGCUACGCCUAUGUAAGGGAAACCCUGUAAGCUGCAAAAGGUGGAGGACAACGACAUCAUAGAGACCGUGACUAGCCCCACACCAUGGGUCUCCUCGAUUGUGUCUCCACCGAAACAAAAGAACCCAGAUGAGGUCAGAAUGAGACAAGCUAAUGUGGCCAUACAGCGAGAAAGUCAACUCACUCCCACCAUGGACGACGUUAUACAUGAGCUGAAUGGAGCAACAGUAUUCUCGAUACUAGACCUGAGAGCUGGAUAUCAUCAGCUAGAGCUUCACUCAGACAGCAGAUACAUCACAACCUUCAGCACUCACAAAGACCUGAGGAGAUACAAACGUCUGAAUUUUGGAAUAUCGUCGGCAGCUGAAGAUUUCCAAAACACCAUUUGCCAAGUACUGCAAGGGGUCGACGGCAUCAAAAACCUCAGCGAUGAUAUUAUUGUUCAUGGCAAAACGCAGGCAGACUAUGACAAAAGUGUGACACUGGUAUUUCAGAGACUCAAGGAGAAAGGCCUUACGCUAAACCGAGAAAAAUGUGAGUUCAACAAAUCCAGGCUGGAGUUCUUUGGAUUCAUUUUUCAAGCUGGUAGCAUAUCCGCUGACCCCAAAAAGGUUGCUGUCGUCAAAGAAGCGAGUGACCCAAGCAACUCCACUGAAGUUAGAAGCCUGCUUGGCAUGGCAACAUACUGCUCACGUUUUAUCAGACUUUGCAUCCAUUGCAAAGCCACUCAGAGAACUAACCAAAAAGGACGUACCUUGGUACUGGGGGCCUGAGCAAGCACAAGCCCUGCAAACCAUCAAAGACGGUCUGACAAGAGGCACCGUCAUGGCAUACUUUGAUCCAGAUAAAAUAACAGAAUUAGUGGUGGAUGCUAGCCCCGUUGGCUUGGGUGCCAUUGUAACCCGGUGUAAAACCCAGAUUACAAUAGUAACAUCAUUACACAAUUAGAAUGAAUAUUGAAAUUUAAAUGGAAAUUUACAAAACAGUUAAAACAGGAUAAAAGACCAAAUAAGAUAAAUAGAAAUCUAAACAUUCAUACAUUCAUAGUUUAAAAAAAAAAGAAAAGAAAAUACAAACUUGUUGAAAAUAGUCAAAUAAGAAAAGCUAAAAUCGAGUAAAUAGAAAGUUCCAGUAAAAUUCAGGUAGCAACUGACUAACCAAUCACGUGGCUAGCCAGCUAUUGCAUCAGCCAAUAGAAUUUAGCACUUUCUGCUGCUCGCUAUGCAGCUUUCACUUGCCUUCAGACGCGCUGAGACGCUGAUGAGGAAGCACUUGCCGUGAAGAGCAAACUAGGAUGCAUUAGCAGCCGUUACUUGAAAAAAAAUUACUCCAAGUUCGGUAAGCGGAUAUAAUUUUCAUGUUUAGGUGCUGUUGCUGUGUAAUAGUGACAAGUUAUUUGUUACGCUGUAGAGAUACAGAGGUCCGAAUUACCCUUGGGAAACCCCGUGUAAACCAAGCUGACUUUUCUUGGUCAGGUUUUUUAUUUUGGAUUGAUUCACCUCGGUGAAUUGAAGAUUCUUGUUCCAGUUCUGGAUGGCGAGCCCCAACCCAACCGAACCAUCAAGCCGGUGAUUAACUGGUCUGUCACUCACCUGAACUCGACUUCAACCCAAGAUCUGACUGACACGGAUUUCAUGAACAUUUGUCAAGCUGACUGACUGACUGAACAAACACAGACUGGUGACAUUUCAUUUUACUAUUUUAUUUUAUUUCCUUUUAUUUUAUUUCACAAAGCGCUUUGUUAUAUAUUAAGUGGGUUAUAAAUGCUGGUAAUAAACCAUUGUUAUACUUACCUUGCUUGGUCCAUGUUGUCACUCCACCACUUGCUCCUCAGAGUCUAGAAUCUUUUGAUCUGGUCCACUCGGUGUUAAACCACAAAGAUUUUCAUGUGAACCACCUCUAGUAAAAUAACUGAGGUUACACCAUUCUAUAUCAACUUGGACAACAGGGUGAAAGACACACCGUUGCAUAUGCCAGCCGUGCGCUCAGUGACGUGGAAAGGCGCUACUCGCAGACCAAGCGAGAAGCUCUAGCCAUAGUGUGGA